AACGGCACUGUGCGCGAGCCGAGGCUGACUGCAGCACUUCCUCGAGGCGGAAUGACUAGAGCGCGCUCCGCGGCGACGCGCACAGGGGGGAAGUGGAAAGGCGGAAGAAAGGACGUUUAAUAAACUUGCCAACUUCAAACCUAUGCUUCUAGCCGACUGGCUAGACAUUCAGCCAGAGACUAUAAUGUUACAGAAAAACUGGUUUCUUAUUUCUUUACAGAUAUUUAGUUAGCUCACCCACCGGCCUGUCUACAUCCAGUCACCGCUCUCUCAACUCGACACGCGACACCACCACGGGACUCCAGCAGUUUUCAAACAGACGUUGUUCAACCGACCCGGAGCCGUCCACCGUUACAAAGUCACAUUUAUCGGUUGUUAAAGUGCUCUGAUAACCCGUAUAUUAUACUAACAUUACACACAACUAGCUCACCGCCUCAGCGGGACUCGGGCUGUUUCUCCUCGUGGGAAAAGUUGUCCGUGGUUCGGUUGCUGGUGGUGGAGCCGCCGAGGCCUGCUUCGAGGAGGCUGCAUGUGUGAAGACUGUUGCUGGCGGGGAGUUAGCUAAACACUCAGAAACAUGUCGGCCCAGGCUCAGAUGCGAGCGAUGCUGGACCAGCUCAUGGGGACGGGGAGAGACGGUGAUUCCAUGCGGCAGAGAAUCAAAUUUUCAGAUGAGCGAGUCUGCAAAAGUCAUCUCCUGGAUUCAUGUCCUCAUGAUAUACUGUCUGGAACUAGAAUGGAUCUGGGAGAGUGUAUGAAAGUCCAUGACUUGGCCCUCAGAGCAGACUACGAGAUUGCAUCUAAGGAGCAGGAGUACUUCUUCGAACUUGAUGCUGCUGAACACCUUCAGUCUUUCAUCGCUGACUGCGACCGCAGGACCGAGCUGGCCAAGAAGAGACUAGCGGAGACGCAGGAUGAAAUCAGCGCUGAAGUGGCUGCAAAGGCUGAACGUGUCCACGAGCUGAACGAAGAGAUUGGGAAGCUGCUGGCCCGGGCAGAGCAGCUCGGGGGCGAGGGGAACGUAGACGAAGCCCAGGAAGUGCUGGAAAUGGUGGAGAAGACCCGGGGCUUGAAGAAAGAAGCAGAGGAUGUGUACAGAAACUCAAUGCCAGCCUCCAGCUUUCAACAACAAAAACUCCGGGUGUGCGAGGUGUGCUCUGCAUACUUGGGUCUUCACGACAACGAUCGUCGUCUAGCUGACCACUUUGGAGGGAAACUGCACAUCGGCUUCAUUGAAAUCCGCGAGAAGCUUGAAAAGCUAAGGAAAGCAGUAAUAGAGAAACAAGAAAGAAUGCGAACGAGAAGACGAGAGGAACGUGAAAGAGAUGACGAAAGAGAGCGAGAGUGGGAGUUGGAGCGAGAACAAGAAAGGGAGAGCGAAAGAGAGCGCGAAAGAGAGCGUGAAAGAGAGCAAACUUGGGAGAGAGAACGAGAAAGGGAGCGGGAGCGUAGGAGGUCGAGAUCUAGAAGUGGAGAACGAUACAGGGACGGCGGCACUUCGUCUUCCCAUCAUUCAAGACGGCACCGCUCCUCUCGUUCCAGAGAAGAAGGUGGGGAUCGGGAUCGGGAGCGAGAGAGGAAACAUCGGCACAAGGACAGGCAUCGCUCACGCUCUCACUCUCACAGGCGCAAAAGCAAGAGGUCCUCCGGAGACAGAUCAUCUCACACUCGUGACAAAGAGCCCUCGCCGUCCCAAGAGAAGGGAAAAGAGGGUGCCGCCGGAGAGAAUUGGCGCGAGGACAGGGCGGAGUGUGGAGAGUGGGAGGACAGGGAGGAAAGGGAGAAGUCCCCUUCCGCGGACACAGCCAGGGGCAGGGAACGAGAGAGAUCCCUGUCGUUGGAACGGGACCGACGCUCCAGCUCCGAGGAGCGAGAGUCCGGCGAGAUAUGAACGGGAGUGGACGCCUCCAAAGUCUUUGAUUUGGAUAUAUGAAUUACUAAAAAGGAGCAUGGAGAGAUGUGUGUGUGUGUGUGUGUGUGCGCGAGAAUGUGUGUUGGUAUGUGUUCAUGUUAAACGUGGGACAUGUACAUUAGCCGGGGUGGAUGGUGGAAACUUAACAUGGGGAUGAGGGAACAACUUCUGUGGUGGUGGUCAAGGAGAGAUGCAAAUCCAACUUUUAUAAGACUGAAAUAUGAGGCUGGUGUGACCUGGAAGCAGUCAUUUUUUAUGCCAUCUUGUCUAUCUUAUGUACAGUUAUUUUUGACAGUGACGAGUGAGUGAAGAUACAGCAGUCCUACUUUUGAGUCUGUUUUUAUUUUACACACAUGAAGUGCUGUUAUUUUUUUAUUAUUAGUUGGACCUUCAAUGUUGAUAAUGUUUUUCCUGUUCCAUUAGGAAUCAAUCGGUUUCAGUAGCUGUGGAUUCAUUUACGCGGGUUAACCUCAUUCAUGUGGCAUCCCUUGCAGUAAUGUUUGAAAUGAGCUGUGAAUGACUGAAGGCACUUCUAAUGUUUGUGUUUUAUUUGCUGCCUUCAAACUAUAACAAUCUCAUUUGGGAAAUCCGACACACAUCCCCGAGCCUGCCUUUAACUUGCAGUGAUGAGUUCAUACUUUGAAAAUAAAUUCAUUUGCCCAUUUGCCCCCCCCCCCCCCCCCCAAAAGAAGUCAUCCAAAUAUUUCCACUCAGUUCCUGACAUGUGAAUGCAUAUAGAUAAUGUGCAUAUUUACAUAAUGACACUUAAAGGCCCUGGGACUUGUGUCCUGUUUGUUGUGAUACAAGCUGGAUGUACUGGGGGAAUGAAUCUACUUUGCUGUGCCACCAUUAAGUGAAUAAAAUGUUCUGCUUCUAUUCAAA